AUCAAACAAAUUUUGGAGCAAUACAAUUAUUCACGAUUUACUAACGACUUUUAUACAAAAAUCAUCAUGGAUACAGACGUAGAAUUAUGUUUAAAAGAUUGGAAUGAUCUUACAAAAGACUUUAAAGAUCUGGAGGCUCUUAAUAGAGAAUAUCUAGCAAAACUAGAAGAAAUAACGGAAUUACAAAACAAAUGUCUCAAUGGCAUUUCACAUCAAAAAUAUCGUAUGAGUGUUAUCAGCAAAUCUUUGAAACAAUUAAAGGCGAGUGAAACUCGACAAAAAAUAGACAAAGAAAUGCAAAAGCGCAGAGAUCAAAUUCAUGAGAUGGAGCAAAGUUUACCAAAGUCUAAUGGUACUUAUCUGUCAAUCAUACUUGGAAGUGUCAAUGUUUCUAUUUUAAACAAAAAUGAUAAGUUUAAAUACAAAGACGAAUAUGAGAAAUUCAAGCUGGUCUUAUCGGUAAUUGGAUUCAUUUUGUCAGUUUUGAAUUUAUUCACAAAUAUUAGGACGCUUGAAUUGAGUUUUAUGUUUCUCUUAGUAUGGUAUUAUUGUACUUUAACAAUAAGAGAAAGCAUUCUUAAAGUAAAUGGAUCGAGAAUUAAAGGUUGGUGGAGAUUUCAUCAUUUUCUAUCGACUGUAGUAUCAGGAGUGUUGUUGGUUUGGCCCAAUACUGGUCCUUGGUAUGCUUUUCGAGGACAAUUCAUGAUGUUCAACGUUUAUAUAAGUUUUGUUCAGUAUCUACAAUUUAGAUAUCAACAUGGAGUUUUAUAUCGGCUUAAAGCUCUUGGAGAACGCCAUAAUAUGGACAUAACUAUUGAAGGUUUUCACUCAUGGAUGUGGCGUGGACUUUCAUUCCUUCUACCUUUCUUAUUUAUCGGCUACUUUUUCCAAUUAUACAAUGCCUACUCACUUUAUCGUUUAAUGACGCAUCCUGAAGCAACGUGGCAUGUUCCAGUACUUAGUGCCAUGUUUUUUAUUCUUUUCCUUGGCAAUGCAAUAACCACAAUAUUGGUCAUUCCACAAAAAUGGCAAAACCGUUUGAAGAAUCACUUCCCUACUGUUUUUAAUUUUAAAUCUGACAGAAGGAAAAGUACAACGACAAAGAAUGAUGUUCAAUCACAAAUAGAUAAAUCUAGCGGAAAUAAUACUGAAAAAACUGACAAGAAAAUAGCAUAAAAAAACUUGGUUUUAAAAAUUCUACAUUACUCCGGUUAAAUGUAUUUAUUUAGGACUUAUCGUAGAUUAGUUAGUAGCUUAGUGGAUUAUAGUAUUCUACUGGGAUUACUAUUUUUUUCAUAAGUUUUCAUUAAUAUACGCCAUUUUUUAUAUACACAUGUCUCAAUAAAAAAUUUGUAAUUAUUGUAGAAAAGAGCGCACAGCUGAGUUUGCAGGGAAAACGUAAAUAAUAAUCACUGUUUCAAAGAAAUGAAUAAAAACUUAAUUUAUACGCA